ACAAGACACACGCAGUGUCUCAAAAAUUUGGCGGCAAUAUAUACUCUUCCAUUUAGGUCUCUUCCCUUUCUCUCCGCCGUGCUCCGUCACAAUGUUCGGAGCUCAGGCAUCCUCCCCCUUCGGCACUCCAUCCGCCACACCGGCGUUCGGCACUCCAUCCUCCACCUUCGGUACUCCCUCAUCCACCCCCGCAUUCGGCACUCCUUCCACAACCCCAGCCUUCGGAACGCCGUCAACGCCCUCAUUUGCCACCGGCUUCGGUACGUCACUCUUCUCCACUCCUUUCUCUCAACAACAACAACAGCAGCAGCAGCAGCAGCAGCAACAGCAACAACCGUCUCUCUUUCAGCAACAGAGCUCUAGCCCUUUCGGAUUUUCGACUCCGUUUGGGGCAACACCGCAGGCUAAUAGUAACCUUUUCGGCCAGACAACCCCUGCUGCAACGCCAUUUAAUGCUCAGUUGACUACUCAGAUGGCCCCCGUUGCCCCGCUCCCUUUCUCUCUCGCUGAUCGAGACAUUCAAGCAAUACUUGAUGCUUACAAGGAUGAAAUUGCAAACCCUAAAUUUGCGUUUAAGCACUUACUGUUCAGUGUGAUUGAACCACAAUUUAGGACAAAGCCUGCUGGUGUAUCAGAUAUAAUGUGGACAGAGGCAAUGGGAAAGCUAGAAGGUUUGGAGAGUUCCCACCGUGAACGUCUUUGGCCACAGCUUGUUAAGGGUUUCAAAGAUCUUUCUGAACGCCUGAAGCUACAAGAUGAAGUCAUACUUUCAGAUGCCGAGAGAUUGCAAAUGACUCAAACCAAUGUGAAAGUGCUUCAAAGGCAUUUCCAAGCUGAUACUUUUCCUAGGAUAGAGAGAAUGAGACAAUCGGAGAAGGCGUUACAAAGGCGCCUCUUACGGUUGAUGAGAAUACUGGAGGCGUUAGAGGCCAAGGGAUUUCGGUUGCCUUUGACCAAAGGAGAAGCUGAACUGGCUGAGAAGUUGGCGACAAUAAUCAGACAGUUAAAAGGAUCUGGAGCUGAACUCUCGAGGAGGGUUCAGAAUUUGCUUACUGUAGCUCGUGUUCAAGCAAAUGGUCACAGCGGUGCCUCUGUCUGUUUACCAGGAUCAACCAAAAUACAUGAACAGAGUCUUGCUGAUAUGCAUGAGGUUUUACAACAACAAACGGAAGCGGUUAGUAGGCUCGGGAAUGUGUUGAAGCGAGAUACACGAGACAUGGAGAUUAUAAUGGCGGAGGACACUCAAAUGGCAGACGUCUAGAGUGUCUGUCGUAUUGUUGUAUUCUGAGCCCGGUGCGGUUCGUAGUACUCUACUUUGUUACUCUAAUAAACUCUUUUGAGUUUGUUUUUUUGUUCUGUUAAAAGAUAGUGUUGGUAAUAUGUUAAGUUUUAUGAUGAAUUUGAUAAAUUUUACACAUUUGGACAAAUAUAAUGUAACAUCUCAUAACAAAAACUAAUGUAACAUAAAAGUUUUGGUUGUCA